GGGCUCGGGGGACAGUCUGGGGACCGAGAGACAGACAGACAGACAGACAGACAGGGCACUCACAGUUGGGAGAGGGUGAGCAUGAAAGAGCAGGUUGGAGACCCUCGGCAGGACAGGGAGACCCCACAGCCUGUGAGCUGAGCCAGUGUGACAGAGACCAAGAGAGACAGAGAGAUCCCCCCUCUGGGAGGGCAGACUGUGAGGCCAGAGGGAGAGGAGGAGCUCAGAGCUGUCCCCCAGCAAAGAGAGGGACCCCGAGAGGAGGCUCAGACAGACCCUUCAGACAGGCUCCGGGUCUUGCCGGGCUCCGGAAGUGAAGGCCGGUUCUGAGAGGCCCACAGCAGAGGGCCAGUCCACAGCGGGUGACCCUGACAUGGAGUUCAGGUACCCCCAGAGCCCUGAGGAUGGGGACCCAGAGGACACAGCCUCAGCCCUCCAGCGGCUGGCAGAGCUGACGGCCAGCCGGGUGACCCCCCUGAGGACCCUGCGGGCCCAGUACCACCUCCUGCAGAAGCUUGGUUCCGGCUCCUAUGGCCGCGUGCUCCUUGCCCGGCCUCGCCGAGGGGGCCCGGCCGUGGCUCUGAAGCUACUGCGACGGGACCUGGUGCCCAGGACCACCUUCCUGAGGGAGUUCUGUGUGGGCCGCUGCGUGUCGGCCCACCCGGGGCUGCUGCACACCUUGGGGGUACCCCUGCAGACCCCCCAGUACUUCGCCUUCGCGCAGGAGUACGCGCCCUGCGGUGACCUCAGCGGGAUGCUGCAGGAGAGGGGCCUCCCGGAGCCACUGCUGAAGCGGGUGGCAGCGCAGCUGGCCGGAGCGCUGGACUUCCUGCACGGCCGCGGGCUGGUCCACGCCGAUGUGAAGCCCGACAACGUGUUGGUGUUCGACCCCGUCUGCAGCCGAGUGGCCCUGGGCGACCUGGGCCUGACCCGGCCUGAGGGGAGUCCGGUGGCUGCGCCCCCGGGGCCCCUGCCCUCCGCGCCCCCCGAGCUCUGCCUCUUACGGCCCCCCGCCACACUGGCCCUGCGGCCGUCACUCGACUCCUGGGGCCUGGGGGUGCUGCUCUUCUGUGCCUCCACCGCCGCCUUCCCCUGGGACGUGGCGCUGGCCCCAGACCCCGAGUUUGAAGCCUUCGCCGGGUGGGUGACCGCCAAGCCCCGGCCACCCCGGCCCCCAGCCUCCUGGGGGCAGUUUGCACCCCCUGCCCUGGCUCUGCUCCUGGGGCUGCUGGACCUGGACCCUGACACCAGGAGCCCCCCGCUGACGGUCCUGGAAUUCCUGGGGGACGACUGGGGACUGGAGGGUGGCAGAGAGGAAGUGGGAGGCCUGGAGAGUGUGGGUGGAGGUGAGGAGGAGGACGAAAAGGAGGAGGAGGAGGAAGGGAGGUCUAGCUUGGAGGAGUGGACAGAUGAGGAGGAUGGUGACAAAGCUGGGGGGAAAAGGGGGACAGGGGGGGAAGCUCCCUGACCAGGUGACUGAGACAGGUGGCUGGAGCCUGGGCCAGACGCACCUCCCUCUCCUCCACGGACACCUGGAUAGACAGACAGCUGCUCUGAGAGGACGAGCCAGAAGGUGUCUCUCCUGUCCACAGUGAGCGGACCUCCUGCCUCAGGCCCAUGGGUCUGCCAGCCCCUCCUCUCUCACUCCCAGAGAUCCCCCAGCCUCUCUA